AUGUCAGCGUCGCUUACGGAAUCUGAAAACAGCAAGAAGCAGAUCACUGAGAAAACGAAUGCGGUGUGUACAGAAGAGGAUGCGGAUGUUGCUUUGCAGUAUCUGAAGAGGGCGCACGCGGAAAACGUCGCGUUGAGUGACGAGUCCAGCGCGGUUGACGUAGCCGAGAAGAUGGCCAAGAACUACUACGGAAGCCAUGAACUAGAGCCGAAGCUGCUGCGCAAGGUGGACUUCUUCAUUCUACCAUUCCUGUGCUGCACGUAUUUGCUGAUGUUUCUGGACAAGGCGCUGCUGAACUACGCGGCGUCCAUGGGCAUCAAACAGCACUUGAAGGGAGACGAGUUCUCGAACCUGGGAACGAUCUUCUCGGCGGCGUACAUCUUUGCCGAGCCAUUUGUGACCUUCUGUAUUCAGCGGUAUCCAAUCUCGAAGGUAAUGGGCGUGUUUAUCACUCUUUGGGGCGCGGUCUUAGCUUGCCACAGCGCCUGCAAAUCCUAUGCAUCGCUUAUGAUUGUCAGGACGCUGCUCGGGCUUUUCGAGUCCAGUAGCGCUGUUGGGUGCAUAGCAAUUAGUGGCAUGUAUUACACGAAGUCAGAGCAGUCCGCGCGGAUUGGAUUCUGGGCCACGCAAGCAGGAACAGGUUACAUUGUUGGCGGACUCAUCUCUUUUGGAUUCCUCCAUUAUCACGGGACUGAUUUCACGUCAUGGCAGAUCAUGUUUCUCGUGGUAGGCUUAGUGACAGUGCUCUUUGGUGUUAUCACGUUUUUGUACCUGCCAGACAACGUCACCAACGCCUGGUUCCUGGAUGAGAAGGAAAAGAUUGAAGUCUUGCAACAUAUUCGAGCUAACCAGACAGGGCUGGAGAACAAAAAGUUCAAAAAACACCAGUUGAAGGAACUUUUCUUCCAUGACAAACUCACUUACCCCAUGCUGCUCCUCACUGCUUGCUCUCAAAUCUCGACAGGUGCGAUUGGAACAUUCUCCGUAACCAUAACGCAAACUUUUGGAUUUGAUAAGUAUGAGACUGCUCUAUUGCAACUGCCUAUUGGGGCCAUCACGGCGCUUAUCAUUUUGAUCACCACACAGAUGCUCUCUCUAUGGGGCCACUACACGCUGGUCACCUUUUCAAUGUACAUCCCUGCCAUUAUCGGGUGCAUUGUGAUGAUAUGUCUCCCUCUUUCUCACAAGAUUGGCAACCUAUUUGCACUGUAUCUGCUAUACAGUGGCUCUUGUGUGAUCACCAAUAUCUACAUCUGGAACAGCUGCAACACAUCAGGUUAUUCUAAGCGUGUUUUCCGUAACGCCAUAACCAUGGUGGUUUACAACGUUUCGUGCAUUGUUGCCCCUCAAAUGUUUAGAACGUCUUCCGCCCCGCGGUAUAUUCCUGCAAAGAUUGCACUGCUGGUAACGCAGUGUGUAUGUGUCCCUCUGCAGUUGUACAUCGGUUAUCUUUGCAAAAAAGAGAACAAAAAAAGAGACCGUGAACAAGAAGGACAAGUUACUUCCAGUUAUCAGUUUUUGGAUCUCACUGACAUUGAGAACAGAAGUUUCAGGUAUGUUUAUUAG